AUGUGCAUCUACGUGACCCACGUCAGACUCUGCAGCAUAUGCAGCGGCGAGGAUACGGUGCUCAUCUCAGAGCAGCUUUGCCCGCUGGCCAGGGCUAGUGGAAUAUUUGGCAGCUGCCUCGACGGCGUGCUCAGCCAGCGAGAUCUAACAAUAUACCAGUGCUGGAAGUGCAAGGAUAUGGGCAGUGUCGCGCCUCGGGCA